ACUUAAUCCGUAUCUUUAAAUCCGAUCUCCCCUUCCUAAAAAAAGCCCGUUCAUACUCGAAGAGCUCUGCGCUAAGCUUAGCCCCGUGGUGUUGCUGCAUCGUCCGUUUGCAUCACUUCCGCUUCCCCUCAGAGCGAGCUCAGUCGACGCUGGUCGUGUUCUUCUCCGUCGAAUAUCCCCCCUCUCAGCCGUGAUCUAAGCGCUCAGUAACCAUGAAGUGGCUCCGCUCGGCCGAGAUGGAGUACAUCUCGCUCAUUGUGAACGAGGACGCGGCCCACGACUGCGUGCAGAAGCUGGGCGAUCUGGGCGUCUUGGAGUUCACCGAUCUGAACCCGGAGCUCACGCCGUUCCAGCGCCGCUACGUCAACUACGUCAAGCGCUGCGACGAAAUGGAGCGUAAGUUGCGGUACUUUGAGGUGGAGCUGGCCAAGUUCAGUAUAUCUCCUAAGCCCGCGGGCAGUAUCGACCAGUUCCUGGCCGGUUCGGCCGAUAUCCGCUACGGCUCGCAAGACACGGCGGCCAGAGCUCUGGAUACGCUGGAACGACUGCUAGAAGACAAGGAACAGGAGCUUCUGCAGCUCAAUUCCAUGCACGAGAAGCUCACGAGAGAGUACAACGAACGCAAGGAGCUGCAGGAGAUCAUCUCACGAGCUGGCGAGUUCUUCGAGAUCGAGAUUCCGGAAGUUCAGGCACGCCGCAACUCCCGUACGGCAUCCAGAUCAGGCUACAGCUUCGUAGAGACAUCCCCAGGCACGGCUGCUGGAGAGGAGUCCUCGUCGUUGCGGUUCCGCAACGUCACCGGUGUGGUGCCCGCUGAUGAACGGCUUAAGUUCGAGCGGAUGAUCUUCCGUACUACUCGUGGCAACUGCUUCACGCGCUUCUCGCCCAUUGAAGAGCCUCUAGUAGACCCCACCAACGGCCAGCCAGUCACCAAGCACGCCUUCGUCAUCUUCUUCCAGUCGACUUUUAUCGAAAACAAGCUCCGCAAAAUUUGCGACGCCUUCCACGCGAGACUGUACUCUUUGCCGCCCAUGGACGACCGUGCUGCCAUCGCUCAUCUGAUCCAGAGCAACGCUGGAGAGCUAAAUCAAAGCAGUCACAUCUUACGUCGCAAUAGAGAGAGCUGUGUGCUGCUGUGUCGCGAUCUGGCCGAGACGCUGGAGUCCUGGAAGUGGUCGGUGCUACAGGAGAAGGCCACGUACCAUGCACUCAAUAUGUUCCGAGCUGAUGUGAGCGGUAUGCUGCGUGCUGAAGGCUGGGUCAUUAAAGAAGCGCUGCCAAGUGUGCGUCGUGCUGUCACUCGCGCUCACGCAGCAGCCGACGACAAGUCCAUGCCGUCUCUAGUGGAUACUGUACCCAAGCCGUGGCCUGUUCCACCCACUUACUUUGAGACCAACAAGUUCACGGAUGCCUUCCAGGCCUUCGUGGAGACGUACGGCUGCCCUCGAUACCGUGAAGUGAACCCGUCCGUGUUCACGGCCGUGACAUUCCCGUUCCUGUUCGGCGUCAUGUAUGGAGAUAUCGGUCACGGUCUCUGUGUGCUGCUGUUUGGGUUGUAUUUGAUUCUAACUGAGCGUAAACUGGAGCAACCGGGCAGUAUGGGAGAGAUGACGGCGUCGAUCUAUGGAGGACGCUACAUGCUGUUCAUGAUGGGCGCGUUCGCCAUUUACGCGGGUCUCAUUUACAACGAUUUCUUCUCGUUGCCAUUGAAUUUAUUCGGCUCCAAGUUCGCGUAUCCGGAUUGUCUGGAAUCGCACGACCGCGAGGCCAAAUGCGAGGCGCAGUACAUGAUUGACGGCAAGAUGACGUACGUGAACGCCACGGACGUCUCUGCUGGCGACAACGUGUACGCUAUGGGUCUGGAUCCGGUCUGGAAGACGUCGUCGAACGAGCUAUUGUUCUUUAACUCGUUCAAGAUGAAGAUCUCGGUCAUUUUCGGCAUUGUACAGAUGACGUUUGGUAUUUUCCUCAAGGGCUGGAACAACCUGUACUUCCGAGACUACUCGACGUUCUUCUUCGAGUUUGUGCCGCAGAUUGUGUUCGCUGUGUCGCUCUUCUGCUACAUGAUCGUGCUGAUUGUCAUGAAGUGGAGUAUCGACUGGACAGAGCGCAUGAAGCACGAAGUGUGUCCCUACAACUUCGCUGGCGAACACACUGGCUGCCGUCCGCCGUCGCUAGUGAACACGCUGAUUAACAUUGCAUUGGCCCCUACCAAUGUCGUGGAUCCGCUGUACGAAGGCCAGUUGGAGACCCAGCAGACGCUCUUGAUGAUGGCGUUCGUGUCGGUGCCCGCUAUGCUGCUGGUUAAGCCUAUUUACUUGAAGAUCCAGAACGAUCGUACGGCUCCGCCUGUGAGCCACCACGUGGACUUUGACGACGAAGCGGAGGAGCGGCUGGUGUCCCACCACCACGGCAACUCGAGCGGAGGUCACGGGCAUGGCGAAGAGUUCGAGUUCGGCGAAGUGGUGAUCCAUCAGGGCAUUGAAACGAUUGAGUUUGUGCUGGGAAUGGUGUCGAAUACGGCCAGUUAUCUGCGUCUGUGGGCCUUGAGUCUGGCGCACUCGGAGCUGGCCACGGUGUUCUGGGAGAAGACGAUGCUGUCCACCAUCAAUAGCGACUCGUUCAUCGCCAUUUUCAUCGGCUUUGCAGUGUUCGCAGCCACGACGUUCGGAGUUAUUCUGGCCAUGGAUGUGCUGGAGUGUUUCUUGCACGCGCUGCGUCUGCACUGGGUGGAGUUCCAGAACAAAUUCUACAAGGCUGACGGACACAAGUUCCACCCUUUCUCGUUCAAGCAGACGAUCAAGGACUCGCAACAGCUCUAACAGUAUGACGACUGAGCAAGAUCCGAUAAAAAAAACUUGACCAGAAACCUGACCAAGAAAGAAAAAAGAGAAAUAAGUUGAAGGAGCAGAUCGAAGGAGGAAUAAAUCUGUGGUGCAUAUGGAAGCGUGUCUUCCCCGUUUAUAAUAGGAACUUGCUGGCUUUUGAGCAUUUGUGUCUUC